AAGAGAUUCCAGCAUCGCAGUGCAUCGCCUACUUCGUAGUGGGCGGAUGGUUGUCUCGAAAAGCCUGAUGUAACGUUACAACAUGUGGUUUGCCCUGCGCGCCUCGUAUCUAGUAGCAGUGGUUUUAUGCAAUGUUGAAGAAAGUCGACAAGAUGAUACGAAGAGAAGCUUCCUUGCUCGAAGAGCUAUUGAUGGAAGCAGAGGAAGGAAAUACUAUGAGGCUAAAGAUGACGGCUUCUUUGAUGACUAUGGUUUCGAAAAAGGCCAGUAUCGAUUCGGUGCCUCAGACAUUAGAAGUAACGUGCCAGGAGAACCGGGUAUAGACUACCCAGCAUACGAGAGACUACCUCAAACGAGCUUUUCUUGCGAAGGACGCGACCGAGGUUACUACGCUGAUGUCCAGGCAGGCUGUCAGAUGUUCCACGUUUGCGACGAAAUACUCGUCUCCUCCUUCCUCUGUCCAGUUGGAUCACUCUUCAGCCAAAAAUUCCUAACCUGUGACUGGUGGAAUAAAGUAGACUGCUCAACAGCCAAAAAAUUCUACGCCAUCAACAGAAAUCUCUACCAUCAAGAUGAUGGUGAUGAAAUGAUUCGCAAGGCCUACGUCAUGGUUCAUCUCGAACCCGACAGAGGAUUGACAACUGAACCCGAAGAACGUGAAAGAGAAGGAAAAAUCGUACACUUCACGAAAGUUGAUACACCAGAAAAUGAUCUGCCCAACACCUAUGAUGACUUAUCCAACAACCCAGAUUAUCACGAAUUCUCUCCCAAUUUUAAUGAUUACUCAAAUCAGUUCAAGCCUAAAAUUAAUUCCAGAGAGGAAGAAGAUUUUCACGAUCACGUUCUCUUUUCUCAGGAGUAUCAAACCAAUGCACCAAAGAUGUAUUCAGAUUCGCCAAUAGUAAGAAUUCAUCAGAUCACUGGUGAUCAUCACCGUGACUAUGAAGAUCGACAAAAGACGAACAGAAAAGAGCAGGACUCGCAUCGAUUUCGUGUAAACAACUUCCAACAUGAGUUUCAGCCUUCCUAUGCACCAACUGUUCCAACUGUGACUACUACCACCAGGAGAUUUUACUCACCAACUGUACCGAGCUUUAGGUCUUCUACCUUAUCUUAUAACAAAUUGGAUCAAAACUUUGACAGUUCGAUUCAUCUUUAUGCUCAAGGAAAAAACUCUCAGGCUACAACUACCCCUGCAACAAUAUUCCGAGAUGAUUCUAGAAGUCAAAGAAACUCUACUCGUGGUUCUCAGAAAUACGUUGAGAAAAAACCAGAAGUAAUGAAAGUUACAGUUAACUACAAUGGAAGAGAAGAUGACUACAAUGACAGAGAAACUUAUGAUCAAGAUCAACUUUAUUAUGAGGAGCAGGAUAGAUUUGAAAUAAUGGAGGGUAGAGAGAGUAUUGGAUUAGCUCAAUCACCCUCUGAAAGGUUAGGAGAGACUACAGUAGAGACUCCACUAGAAACGACAACUGGGUCUAGAAAACCCAAAAAUUUAAAUUCCACAUUUCAAAACUAUCAGGGUUUACAAGUUGCAAAUUCGGGAUACAAAAAAGACGCUUCUAAUCUUAAAGAAGUUGUUAGAAGUUCGACGUUUGAUUCCAAAGAGUCCGAAAACAAUGGUCAAGAUGCUAAAUAUUAUCCAACAUUUACAGAAGCAACGAUUUUUGAACCAGAGUAUUCGAAUCAGGGAUCUAAAGAUGAGUAUACUUUAAAAACAGAAGAAAUUCCAGUUUCAGAUGAUCAUUACGAUUUAAAUUCAGAUGUUUCAGCAACUACUUUGAGUUAUUCAUAUCAAAAUAAAGAUAUGAUUGUUGAACACCAGAGUAAUCAAGGAAUGAUUGAAAAGAAGAUAAAUGAUGAAUUUAGAAGUACUACAAGUCUGCAGCAGAAUACAGAUAAUUUCCCCAUAGAUCACGAGGAUCUGAAGGGACAUGAUGAUUUAUUAAUGUCAACAACUUCUCAUCCUUACAAUACUACUUCAGAGUCUAUAGUACAUGAAGGGCAAUCUAUUUUCAGAUUGUCUGCAGUCUUGCAACCCCCCUUCGAAAACUUUAAACCAUUUCACAUAAAUGUCGAGGAACUCACUGAACAAAAUUCAACAACAGAAAGCCAACCCACUCGAACACCAAUACCCUACCAACGAUAUUCGGAUCACAAAGACAGUCAAGUCCAACCCAGUUCGACUAGAAAUACAUUUCAAAUUAAAAAAUCUCCAUCUGAUGAUGAAAAUCCAAGCACAACUGCUAGAUCUAAUAAUCGAAACUCCUCAAAUCAUUCAAGACACUCAAGAUUAGAAAGCUCAGAAUUGAAUCUUCCAGAAGCUGAAAUUAUUCCUCCUUUAGAGAAUCAGGGCGAAGAACAUGAUCCUGUUCAGUUGAGCAACAACAUUAACUACCAAAUUAAUAACAUCUCAGUUCCAUCGAUUCAUCAAGAGCCUCCUAAAUUCAAUAAUACCAACGACGAGGCCGAAAUUCUGUCACGAUACAAUCCUAAUCUGGAUUUCACAAUCAGGACAGCUAUCUGGAACCAGCCGAAAAUAUCGGAAAAUAAAGAUCCUCUUAACUCUAGUGAACCAGCAGUGGAUAAUCCUUUUUUAAACCACAGAACAAUCUCUUUAGAGCUAGAGCCUCCCAGUCAGAAUCCACCAGAAAAAUUCGAAGACGAGGUCAUAUUUCCUGCAUUCCAAAGCAUCACACCAGAGUCUGAACUUACACCUCCAUUAAAUACUCAAAACCAAGAAUCUAGUUCCGAAAAUGCAGAAAUUGCCACAAAGUCUGAAGAAAAAUUAAAUCUUUAUCAAACUAAUAGUACCCUGAAGCCAGAUUUUUCUUCAAGUAUCGCUGAAAUAGAUGACACUAUUGAGGAAAGCAAUGCUCCUUAUCAAGUGACUCUGACUCUGAAUGAAAAUCAAGGUCCCGAGACGGUAGGAAUGGACCUCAUUGGUAAAUUGGUCAAUCAGCAUGAAAAAGGAAACUUCCAAGAGUUCAUAAAUUUUGAAGACUUUGAGGUAGCUAAGUCUGAAGAGUCCAGCCUCCCACUAGCUCAUGAAGAUGCAUCAACUGUUGACGCUAAAACUGAUUUCUCUGCGAAUCCUUUCCUUAAAAAUCAUUUUGGACCGUCUACAGAAUCCGUUAAUUAUGAAUUAAGUUCAAAAACACACAACAGGACAGGGAAGAAUGCAGAAAUCCGGAAUCUAGAAACAGAUGUUCAUCGAAUGAGUCUCCUUCAGCUGAUGUCUGAGUUAGCGAAAGCUAACAGACUUCCAAGACCUUUUUCUCAAAAAGAAAGUGAAACUUCUACCUCUUCAAAAUCCGAAUCAUCCAACGAACCUUCACCACCAAGAUCAAAGACAUUUACAAGAUUCUUCGAAAAUCCAUUUUUGAGUUCUACAUCAGGUUCUUCUUUACCUUCUUCAACAAGUUCACCAACAAGUAAUCCAUCAAAUCAGGAGAAAAGAAAUAAAAUCACUUUGUCAGCAAAUUCAGUUUCUUCUGCUGAGAAUCCUUUUCUUCGGAAGGAAGUAAUCUUAGAACAGUUGGAGAAACAUUUUGGUCAACCACUCUAUGGAAGUAUGAAUCAGCCCGUAUCUGAGUUUCCGAAGCAAAACCAGGAGAAGUUAUUCGAACUGCCUAGUGAAGAAAGAAUCACAGAUUUUAAAACAGGGGAAGUACUUCUGAAAAAAAAAUCGAAAGAGCUUGUGGGAGUACCUGGUGAAGCUUCCACAACCUUGAAACCAGAAGUUGAAAAAGAAACGGAGAAGACUGUCGUAGAAAUGGAGUUUGUACCAUCAUUAGGAUUCUCAUUUGAUACUCAUGAAGGUCGAGAAGAAUACGCCAAGGCUGUUCUUGAAGGCCUGGUGACUGAAGAAGCUGUACUUAAAGCCGAAGACGAAUUUGCAACGAGUACACAAAAUUUUGAAAACGACGAAACUACCAAAAAUUUGAAAUCGAAUAAAAAUGAUGAGUGUAUUGAAUGUGAUGAUGAGAUAUAGCUUCUGUAUGCAGAUUUUAGUGAUAAUAAAUUUUUUUUUAAUAAGAAUGCCAACCUGUUUAAAUUUACUAGCAUCAUUAAUAGCGAGAUAGGUAUUCGGUAAUUGAUAUGAUUUGACAAAACAAAAUUUUGAAACAAAAUAAAAAA